AUGUCAAAGAAGAAUGAUGAAGUCGAAAAACAAAAAGCUUACGACACUCGGUAUUCCCAGGCGGUCACCCAUCCAAGUACUAACCGAGCCCGACGUUGCUUAACUUCAGUGAUCGGACGAGAACUGGUGUAUUCAACGUGGUAUGGCCGUAAGCGUCUAUCUCUCUUUUCGAUGUUACUUUUAACAAUAUUACGAAUCACAAAUAGUUUUCGAAGUGAAUAUGAAUAUGAUGGUCAUUCCGACUCAAGUGAAAACAAAACUUGGGCGGUCACCCAUCCAAGUACUAACCGAGCCCGACGUUGCUUAACUUCAGUGAUCGGACGAGAACUGGUGUAUUCAACGUGUCAAAUAUUUCUUAUACAAGCCUCAUCAGAUUUAAGGAAUGUUUCGUCAGUUUUAAAUGAUCUCUUAAAAUCUUAUGAUCGACAUCAUCGACCCACUUAUGGAGGCGAACCGGAUAAAGUUAUUGUGGAUAUUUAUGUUCGUAGUAUGAGUGGCAUCAGUGAACUUGAUAUGGAAUAUUCUUUCGACUGUUUUUUUCGACAACGAUGGACGGAUACACGUUUGACAUAUAACCAAACAUCGGUAAUGAAUUACACGUCAUUGCCCGUCAGUUUUCAGAUGUUUUCAAAAAUCUGGAAGCCUGACACAUAUUUUUACAAUGGUCGACGUUCAUAUAUUCAUUCUGUACCUCAUGUUAAUCGAUUUUUUCGCAUCGCGAAUGAUGGCACUAUUCUAUAUUCUCAACGUUUAACUAUUCGAGCCUCAUGUGUAAUGGAUCUACGAAAUUUACCACUUGACGCACAAUAUUGUACCUUGCUGAUCGGAAGUUUUGCGUACAAUAGUGAAGAAACUGUCUAUGAAUGGAAUAAUAAUAGUGCUGUUGAUCUUCAGAACAAUUUGGUUAUGAAUCAAUUUUCCCUAAUUGAUGCAACUGUAGGCCAACGAAUCCUUAUUAGAGACAAUCGAACUCGAUCCAUAGUUUACGUUGUAUUUGCAUUUCGUCGUCAUGUCGGCUAUUUUCUAUUGCAAUUAUAUAUUCCCUGUAUACUUAUUGUCUUCCUGUCAUGGGUCGGUCUCUGGUUAAAUCGUGAAGCAACAAACGAUCGAAUUAAUUUAGGCGUAACAACUGUACUAACACUUAUAUUUGUGAUUAUUGAAGGAAAAAAAGAUUUACCAAAAGUUUCCUAUGCGACUGCGCUGGAUUUAUUUCUUGCUGUUUGCUUUAUCUUCGUGUUUUCCACAUUGUUCGAAUUUGCACUUGUACAUUAUUACACGAAAGCACGAACCGGUGACUUGAAUGAAAAUAUGCGCGACUUGGAAGAUUACGUUAUCCGAAGCGAUAAAACCAAUACAAAUGAGCAUGACGAACCAAACAGUGACAUUCAUUUACUUUAUCGUGCAUCAGUAGCUGGUACAUCAUCGACGAGCAGUACAACAUCGGGCAAAAAGUCAUGUCGGUUUUGGCGAAAUUUUCAUUGUAAACCAGCUUAUUCAAAAUUUCAAGGACGAGCACUAAAAAACAUUUUUUACGCAAACAGUGAAAGUCGAAUCGACGUUCUAGCACGUACACUGUACCCAUUAGCUUUCUUCCUAUUCAAUUUUAUCUAUUGGCCAUAUUAUUUAUACGCAAGUCGACAACAAUCUAAAGGUGUACAAAUAUAA